AAUCGAGUACGAGGUUGCGCAGGAGGCGGGUGCGAGACCAUAGUUCAGAGCGCGAAGCUCAUUCCACACACACCUUGAGAGAAGGAAGUAAGUUAAAAACACAAGCUCAGAUCCAGAUUUAUGCCAGGUAUAAUAUGGAAGAUGAGGUUUCAACUGAUGUCAGUUUAGAAGUUCUACACUGAUCUAGUCUACCCAUGAGAACUUUAGACAUAUAAAAAUGGCAAAUAUACCGGCAAGCCAGGUUGAUUCUCAGCUUGCAAUUGCACUAGAAAAGAUUGAAGAAGUUGUUGUUGCAAUGCUAAGUGAGACAUCUGGUGUUCCUCUUCAAACAAUCAAAAGCUUUAGAACUGUUUUAACAAAUGUUUGUUCAGGUGCUGAUCUAAUAUCAUGGCUAAUGAAACAUCUACGAAUAUACAGUAGAGAGGAAGCUUUGUGCUUAGCUAGAACUAUUGCAUCUCAUGGUUAUAUUCAUACUGUGCCAGACUGCAAACUGACUGCCAAAGAUGAUGCAACCAGUCAUAGAUUUCAGAACCAAUACUUUUGGCCAUCUGCAUGCAAUGAAGUGACUGUUCAUAACUAUGCCGUCUAUUUGUGCAAACGGAUGAUUUCAAAUAAAAGCCGAUUGCAGCUGGAUGAAUGGGAACUGGAGGUGUUUACGAAGCUCAGAAGACAGUUAGAAAAGAGAUGGGACCUAAUUUACAUGGAGGCUGAUGCGAAAUACAAAGUCGAGAAGAAAAAGGACAAAGCGCAGAAGCGAAUAAAUGAAACUCAAGAAAGGGCCUUUUGGAAUCUCCACAGACCACCGCCUGGUGCCAAAAAUGUUCUGGAAGCCGACAUAAAGAAAGUAAGAAUGGAUGAGAAUGGUUUUGGGCCGAGGCAUGGCAAGGCCCGGGUCAGCCUCCAAUUAGCCGCAGCAAAGAUGUCUGAAGAUGCUUUGAAUCAUGCUCUAGACGAUGCAAUGAGAAAGGUAGAUGAUAUUCGGCAACUGUUUCUAAAGCAAAGAAUCAAGUCUUCGUCAGCUGCAGAAAGUUUGAUCAAGAAAACAUCACAAUACGCAACAUAUGACCCACUUCUCACCACCCCGACACCAUCAAAUCCCUGGAUAUCAGAUGACAAUGCAUUCUGGCAAGAUAAUAACAAAAAAGCUGUGCCUCCCCAAAAGCAAGUCCGUCGUUGGUGCUUUUCGUUGGACGACUUGUUGAGUGAUCCCCAAGGAACAAUGAUAUUUUUGAAAUAUUUGGAAAAAGAAUUCAGUGCAGAAAAUCUAAGGUUUUGGCUCGCUGUAGAAGAAUUCAAGUACUGCCCUCUUUCAUCAAUUAACAGCACUGCCAAGGAAAUCCUAAGGGAUUACAUUGGUAACAAUGCUGUUUAUCCUAUUAACGUUGAUCAGAGAGCAGUUGAACUGGUUAAUGAAAGAAUGCUAGCUCCAAAUCAUUCCACCUUUGAUCCUGCCCAGAAUCAGAUUUACACCCUAAUGAAGACAGAUACCUACAAGCGAUUUUUGAAGUCAGAGAAUUACUUGUCGCUUUUGAGAGAUACUCCACAAUCAAGGCGUGGGCGAAGUCGAACUGCUCAGUGGUUUGUGUAGCAUUAAGCGAAAGAUUAUUGCUGAUGGCCUGUGAUAAAAAGCAAAGGACUGGCUUCUCUGUAGUGAUGUCAAUUCAAGACUUCAUACACGUUUAUUUACUAAUCAUUUCUCUGUAUACCCGCCCAUUCAACGACAUACCCGGUCGUACAAACUGCAUGCCCUCAUCUUGUAUGAAGUUUCAUAUCCCCCUCUUACCAAUGCAUUUACAAUUUGUUUAAGUUAAGGUGGUACACUGAUAAGGUCUCCGCGCCUUAUUUCAUAGUGUGUUCUAUGGUUUCGGCAAGAUGUGGCCCUAACAUUGAGGAGUCAAUGUUCCCAAGUUCCCUGAAUUUUUCGAAAAUGCCUAGAAUAAACCCAGCAAGGAUGAAACCAUUUGGAAUGCAUAUCUUAGCCACAUGGUCAAAAUACUACUUUCUUCCCAUGAAUAAAAUCAGUAUGUUCUAAAGCAUGGAAAAACAAUAAGCAUGGCCUAAAAACUUGUCCCUUCGCCGCUUUUGCUUAUUUUUCAUGUAAACAUAACGCAGGAAUAACGUCCCA